AUGACAUCUAACGGGCAUAAAACCAAAUCCAUAAAGUCGGAAACCAAUUCCUCGUAUACUGUUCAUUCUUUGGAUCAGCAACAGGCUUCAAUAUGUGAUAAUCUACAGCAAGCGAAAUUUGAAUUAGAACCAGUGCAUUUACAGUUCAGUUUAUCAAACAAACUCAAUAAACUAUUGGUAUCAAGUAAUAUAAUGUAUAUCUUAUUGACCAAUGUCGUUUAUAAGAUUGAUUUGGAUAAUCCAUCACAGGUGGAGAAUUAUGUGUUGCCUGGCAAAGUGACAAAUGCCUGGUUGAAUCCAAAUGGGAAAUCUUUGCUUGUGCAGAUUGAGAAACAGACCUAUUAUACACUUGAAAAGAAAGUAUUUAAAUCGUUAAAGUUUAAAAAUAUAGAAGUUACAUCUAUUGCAUUUUCCAAUCACAAUAUGGUAGUGGGGACAAGAGACGGGAUAAUCUAUGUUUAUGAAAAAUCAUUAAAACAAGUUUAUAAAGUUGAUUCUCCAAUACAAGGAGUAAUGUUUUCUAAUGAUUAUUCUCAAAUAAAUGUUCUAGCAAACAGUUUAUAUACCUGGGAUUGUUUUGACACUACUUAUGUUGAAUUGCAAAAAGUAUUUAAGCAAACAACACCUGUUAUCAAAUCAAUUAAUCCACCAGGAAUAUUUACAUCAACCCCACAAAACUAUGUGUAUAUAUCGUCAGAUAAGGAAAUAAUAACUAAUGAUGAGGAAAUGCAGUUGGACCGAGUUGAUGAAGAGUUUCUGCAAAUUGCCCUUACACCACACCAUCUUCUUGGUAUUGAAGGGAACUCUUUAAAAAUAUAUAACAAACUUAAUAAACAAUUGCAAGAAUUAAGCCUUCCUGAGAACAAAAUACGAGGGAUUGCCGUGGAUAAUUUAUUCAACACAUAUUGGGUAUACACCAAAAACUCCAUAUAUGAGUUUGUGAUUGAGAACGAAUCGAUUCUGGUAUGGUAUGAUUAUUAUAAGAUGGGGAAAUAUUCAGAGGCAUUGAAGUAUUUGGAUGAAGAUGAUGAAGGGAAUUUCCCGAAACGUGAUUUGGUUUUGAUUAAGCAAGGAUACGACUAUUUACAACGUGGUGGUUUUGGAAUAGUUUCCGAUGACUUGAGUUUACAAAUACAGGGGAUUCAGAUAUUGGCAAAACUGACAGAGCCAUUUGAAAAAGUUUGUUUGAUGUUACUUAAUCAUAAACAAUCUGAUGCCUUACUUAUUGAGUAUUUGUUAGCCAAAUUGAACAAGAAAAACAAAGUUCGAAUGAUUGUAUUGUCAGCUUGGAUUAUUGAAUUGAUGGCAAGAAAUAAUGACUCUAGGGUUUAUGAUUUCAUUAAAAAUAAUUAUAAACUACUUGAUCGUCCUACAAUGUAUCAAAUUUUGAAUUCUGAAAAGUUGGUUUUCUAUGCUGAAUUGAUUGAAGAUUACAAUUUCAUCUUAAAGUAUUACAUUGAUAAGAAGAAUUGGACUUUGGCGGUCAAAACUUUAAUAAAACUUUACACUAAAGGAGAUAUUGAACCAGUUUAUGAAAAUGCUAGUAUUUUAUUGAUGAACUACCCGAAAGUUACUGAAACUUGGUUAAAACUCGACUUGGAAUAUGAGAAGCUUUUACCAGGACUUUUAAAGCACCAACAGCAAGCAAUCCAUUUUUUGCAACAAGUCAUUAUGGAUAAACAUUAUAAGAAAAAUAAACAGUUAAACAACGCUUAUUUGUGUUUGUUAAUUACAACGCCUGGUACUGAUAAACAAAUAAUAAAAUUUAUUAAUUUCACAUCCAAUUUUGAUACCAAUUUCAUUCUUCGGUUAUGUAUAUCACAUGAGAAAUUUCAUCCUGCAGUGUUGAUUUAUAUUGAGAUUGGGUUAUUUGAUCAAGCUUUAGAACUUGCCCUCAAGCAUGAUUUGACUAGUCUUGCUGAAUUUAUAUUGAACAGGUACGAUGAGGAUAAACAAGUAGACGCAAUUAAACUUGAAGAUGCAAAUUAUAAUGUCAAGAGGAAACUUUGGUUAAAAUUUGCUAAAUAUUUAAUCGAUAAACUGGAUGAUUUGAAUGAAACAUUGCAUCACAUCAUCAAUGUUUCAAUGCUCGAUUUAAAAGACCUUUUACCAUUAUUCCCAGAAACGGUACUGAUUAAUAAUUUCAAAGACGAGAUAGUUGAAUCACUCAAUGAGUAUAAUAAACGAAUUGUUCAUUUGUCAUUGGAUAUGAAUAACUCGUCAGAACAUUUGCGGGAAAUGAAGAAAAAAGUGAUUUAUAAUAAAAAGAAGACAAACGUGGCCAUAAUAGAACCAGGAGAACCGUGUCGCAAAUGUGGCAAAUUAUUGGUACAAAAGAACUUUGUUUAUUUCCCAAAUUGUCACCAUGCGUUCCACAAAGAGUGUAUGAAAAAGAACCAAUGUUUAUUAUGUAAUGAUUUUUUGAAUUUAUAG